UUUGUUGGCGUGUUUAUUAUCUCUGGCAGUUGACAACACACGAAUGUAAAUGUGUCACUUUGAAACAGCCGCAAGAAUGUGGAUUGUCAAAGUUUCUGUAUUCUUGCUAGCUGUGAUUGAGAUCGGUUUAUCUGCCUCUACGCUGGAAUCUGUAAACGACGAUGAGCUUUCAAACUUGAUUAGGAGCGAAAAAUACGUUGUUGUCGUUUUUACGAAGAAAGAUUGCGAACCCUGCGAUGAUCUAGAAAAUGAGUUAAUAGCACUGCGUGAAGACUUGGUAGACACGCUUAAUGCAUGGGUCGUAAAAGCAACUAACAGCCAACUUGUCAAGUUGUAUAAUCCAUCCAAAGAGCCGGCCUUGGUGUUUUUCAGGCAUGGGGUACCCUUGCUGUACCACGGUCCUUUAAAUGAUGACAGCAUCCUUCAGACGUUCAGCGAAAACAGAGAGCCGGCAGUGAAGGAGCUGACGGACGACACGUUCGAGCACCUGACCCAGGCGGCCAGUGGAGCCACCACAGGGGACUGGUUUGUCAUGUUUGAGGGGACGGACUGUGCAGAGUGCGGGCGCCUCAUGGCUCGCUGGGAAGCUGUCGGUGCCAAGCUACGUGGCCGCGUCAACGUGGCUCGUGUCGACGUUAACUCGGCAACUGCGAGGCGGUUCUCAGUGUCGCGGGCGCCUACUUUCAUACUGUUCAGGCAUGGAAGGCUGUACAGAUACAAUAUCCACAAAUAUGACAUUGACUCGUUUGUGCUGUUCGCCUCAGACUGGUUCAAAAAUGUCGCUGCAGAGCCUGUGCCAGUACCAAAGAGUCCAUUCGAUGAUCUUGUCGAAAGGAUAGCAAUAGUUUUUCGUGAGAAUCCUCUUUACUGGCAAGCGGGCUUGGGUGUCAGUGUCAUCGGCACGAUCCUCGUGUUCCUCAUUUCCUGCCGGCGAGCGCGCUCGGCUAAAGCGGCACCCACAAAGAAGAAGAAGUAAUUUUAGACAUUGAACUGUGUUCUGUGUCUUCCUGUGACUGUCUGGACAUUGUGUGCCAGUGGCGAAUUUUGCCAAGCUGUGACCUCGAUAACAGUAGACAUCCGGCAGCUGUCGCACGGAAGAGAAACAAGUCUACUGCAUCUGGUAGUAUGAAUUGUUACUAUCCAUUACAGUUAUUCUGUUUUCAUAAUCUUUUUGAAAAAAUAGAAUCAGCAGUAUUAUUACAUCAUCAUAUAUGCUUCCAAUUAAAACUGUCCAAAAAUUACAGCCUUUUCCAAUAUUCAUAAUUUUUUGUUUGUUAACAUUGUACUUAGUUCAGUCAGAUGAUAUAGUGGUAUAAGAAUAACAAAACUGUUACGAUACUGCUGAUUCUAUUAUCAAAAUACAAAUAAAAAAAUACUUUCUCAAAUGAACU